GUCAAUGUUUUGAAGUGGGCUCUCUUUAUUUCAAUCAUCUCGUUCAGUAGCUCUCUCUACAUUCGCUUCACAGCGGCUGCAAAUGGCUGCCGGAACCAUAACCAAAUCACGAGGAGUUUGGUCUCGUUUCUUGCUCAACCAAUUCCACAAGAAACCCAUUAAGCCUACGUUAAAUCUCUGUAGAAAAAUCUAUUCGUUUCCAAAUUUUCCUGCGCAAAUUCAUCAUUUCGGCAGAACCAUUUCGAAUUUCUAUCUGGGUCGCUCUUCAUUGGAUCAUCGUUUCUUCUCUUCAGCGAGAACGAUUCAAGAGCUUCUCGCCGAAGUUGAGAGAGAGAAGCAAAGGGAGAGAGAGGAGAAGAAGAGGGCUGGUAUAGAAGUUGGUGAUGACAAUGAGGACGAAGAGGAUUACAUGGGUGUUGGGCCGCUAAUUGAGAAGCUUGAGAAGGAGAAGCUGAAGGAUACUGGUGGCCUUGAUAUGUACGAAGAACCCACAGAUUCCGAGAGCGAAGAUGAUGAGCGGUUCUCCCCCGAUGCGGUGAAGAAACGAGUGGAUGAGUUCGAGAAGAAGUUCAAGAGGCAUGAAGAGCUGCUCAAAAACUUCACUGAAGCAGAAACACUUGAUGAUACAUUCAAAUGGAUGAAUAAAAUCGACAAGUUUGAACAAAAACAUCUCAAACUUCCAUUAGAGUACAGGGUUAUUGGUGAGCUGAUGAACAGUCUGAAAGAGGCCACUGGAAAGGACAGGUUCAUGCUUAUUCAGAAAUUAAAUAGGGCUGUGAGGAUGGUGGAGUGGAAGGAGGCUUAUGAUCCUAACAAUCCUGCGAAUUAUGGACUCAUCCAGCAUGAGCAAGUUGGACCAUCUGUUGAUCUCCUAGAACAUGCUGGAUUUGAAAAAGAGAAGCAAAUUAUUCAGGGUGCUGGAAUGGAUUCCGACGAUGAUGAAGACUUCAGUGACAUAAAAGACAAGGAUGAUGCUCUGUUAGAGAAGCUUAAUGCCAUUGACAAAAAACUUGAGGAGAAGCUGGCCGAUUUAGAUCAUACAUUUGGAAAGAAGGGUAAGGUUCUAGAGGAACAGAUUAAGGAUCUUGCAGAGGAGAGGAAUGCUUUAACAGAGAAGAAAAGAAGACCACUUUACAGGAAAGGUUUUGAUGUGAAGCUAAUUGAUGUUAAUCGAACAUGUAAAGUCACAAAGGGUGGCCAAGUAGUUAAGUACACUGCAAUGUUGGCUUGUGGGAACUACCAUGGAGUUGUGGGUUUUGCUAAAGCAAAGGGUCCAGCAGUUCCUAUUGCUCUACAAAAGGCAUACGAAAAAUGCUUCCAGAAUCUCCAUUAUGUUGAAAGAUACGAGGAGCAUACAAUUGCGCAUGCUGUACAAACAAAAUAUAAGAAAACCAAGAUAUACCUGUGGCCUGCUCCAACAAGAACAGGUAUGAAAGCAAGUAGAACUGUGGAAACCAUCCUAAAUUUAGCUGGUUUCAAAAAUGUAAAGUCCAAGGUCAUUGGCUCAAGGAACCCUCAUAACACAGUGAAGGCCCUUUUUAAAGCUCUGAACGCGAUUGAAACUCCCAAGGAUGUGCAAGAGAAGUUUGGCCGUACAGUUGUGGAGUCAUACUUGCUAUGAGUGGUAUUUAUCUAUUUUCUUAUCAGGUCCAUCCUCAAUUUUUAUCGUACCCAUUUACUUUUGAACUGGAAGAGGGGUUGUUGUGCCGUCCAGCAUUCAUUUACAGUUGAGAUCAGGAAAAAGGAAGUGUGACCACUUUUUUUACUGUAUUUACCCUGUUGUAGAGUCUUUCUUAUGACAAUGACAGUAAAAAUGCAACCUGAAAUGAGAAAUGGGGCAAAUUGUCUCGGGUUAAAUAACUGAAUCAUGAUAGCAUGCAAAGAAUUACCUU